AUGGCUGAAUACGGCUUCAAUCCCAACAGCGAUCCCACAUUAGUAGGAGCCGCCGGUGGAGCGUAUACUGACAAUGUGUCGGAAGCACCAGAAGACAAUAGUGGCUACCGUGGAUGGGGUGCCACUUCAUCAAAUCGUAAAGCCUCUACAACAUUGGGUUCAAAUGGCAAAGCUGCCGCCGCUGGCCUCGCAUUGUCUGAGAGCAGCAGUCAACCUGGUGGAUAUCAUGGUUCACCCAAUGCACCUUCUGACGCUUAUUCUACCGACCCAUUGAUGAACGGCCAUCCAGAGAGUGGCGAUGGAGUCGGUGCCCUUGGGGUUGGUGCUGGGCUCAACCGAAACCGAAGUGGCGCAGCUGGUAUCCGCCGCGGACCUUCUAACGCCUCGUCAACCUAUUCUGAGGGUCAUGCCUCCGAGCUAUCCUCAGACAACCAGAGUGUACCUGGCCCUUACUACCAGGAAGAGGUUCCAUAUAAUAUUUACAACGACGCCGCACCAAGCCAUGGUCCCUACGGGGAUGGCUCAUAUGGUGGGGUCAACCAACCGGUGAUCAGAGACGUUCAAGCGCGGAGAAACACCCGAAUCGAACGGGCACCCACGUUCCCGCAAACACAGGGCGGCAUCUCUCAAAACUUUUGA